AACAGAAGUUCCAAUCAUAACUCCACUACUUUUCCCCAUCUCUCUCUCUAUUUUCUUUCAUUUUGUUUUCUGUUUUAAAUCUUAACCAUGCCAGAGGCUCCUUCUGCCUUGUCAGAUGAUGGUAGUUUUGAUGAAAACAACAAAAAACUUCUUCAAUUCUUCGAAAAUAUUACUACAAAUGCCGAUGAAGUUCAAAAAAAGGUUCUAAACGAAAUACUUUCUCGUAAUGCUGGAGUUGAGUAUUUGCAAAGGCAUGGCCUAAAUGGCAAAACUGAUUAUGAAACCUUCAAAAAAAUCAUGCCUGUUGUUACAUAUGAGGAUCUCAAGCCUGAUAUUGAUCGUAUUGCUGAUGGUGAUCGUUCAUCUAUCCUUUGUUCUCAACCAAUUUCCGAGUUCUUGACAAGUUCUGGCACGUCCGGGGGAGAGAGAAAAUUGAUGCCAACAGUUGAAGAAGAGCUAGGGAGAAGGUCAUUACUCUACAGCCUUUUAAUGCCAGUAAUGGAUCAAUUUGUGCCUGAUUUACACAAAGGCAAAGGAAUGUAUUUUUUGUUCAUAAAAUCAGAAGCCAAAACUCCAGGUGGUCUAUUAGCUCGUCCAGUUUUAACAAGCUACUACAAAAGUUCAUAUUUCAAGAAAAGACCUUAUGAUCCUUACACAAAUUACACUAGUCCAAAUGAAACAAUUCUUUGUCUUGAUUCCUACCAAAGCAUGUAUUCCCAAAUUCUUUGUGGACUUUGCCAAAAUACUCAAGUUCUUCGUGUUGGUGCUGUUUUUGCUUCUGGAUUUAUUCGUGCUAUUCGAUUUCUCGAAAAGCACUGGCCUAUUCUUUGUAACGAUAUUAAAACUGGGAGUCUAAAUCCUCAAAUUACAGACCCUGAGGUAAGAGAAGCUGUGUUGAAAAUUCUUAAACCAAAUCCCAAGCUUGCUGAAUUUAUUGCAACCGAAUGUAGUAAAGAAUCAUGGAAAGGGAUAAUACCAAGAUUAUGGCCUAAUACUAAGUACGUCGAUGUAAUUGUGACAGGAACUAUGUCACAAUACAUUCCGACUCUCAAUUAUUAUGGCAAUGAUUUACCACUUGUUUGUACCAUGUAUGCUUCUUCUGAAUGCUACUUUGGUAUAAAUCUUAAUCCUCUUUGCAAACCAAGUGAAGUUGCUUAUACCCUUAUACCUACCAUGGGUUAUUUCGAGUUCUUACCCGUAGCUCGUGAAGAUGAAGGACCAGAAAAAGGUAACACAUAUGAUAAAAGUGAUUUGGUAGAUCUUGUUGAUGUUGAACUUGGACAUGAAUACGAGCUCGUGGUCACCACUUAUGCAGGACUGUAUCGUUAUCGUGUUGGUGACAUACUUAAAGUUGCCGGAUUCAAGAACAAGGCACCUCAAUUUCAUUUCGUAUGCAGAAAGAAUGUUGCAUUAAGCAUAGACUCAGACAAAACAGAUGAAGUUGAGUUGCAUGAAGCUGUUGUAAAAGCAUCAAUCCAUCUUUUACCAUUUGAAGCAUCUCUCACUGAAUACACAAGUUUUGCUGACACGUCAGCAAUCCCAGGACACUAUGUCUUGUACUGGGAAAUCAACAAAAGUUCUGAAACAAUAAUCCCUACAACAGUUUUUCAAGAUUGUUGCCUCACAAUAGAAGAAUCAUUAAACAGUGUUUAUCGACAAUGUCGUGUUUCGGAUAAGUCAAUUGGACCUUUGGAAAUAAAGGUUGUCGAAAAUGGCACAUUUGAUAAGCUUAUGGAUUAUGCUAUUAGCAAUGGUGCUUCAAUUAAUCAGUACAAAGCGCCACGGUGUGUGAAGUAUGCACCAAUUAUUGAGCUUCUGAAUUCGAGAGUUAUUGCUAAUUAUUUUAGCCCAAAAUGUCCUAAUUGGGUUCCUGGUCACAAGCAAUGGUGCUCAACCUGAAAAACGGAAUUGCACAGAGAUUUAGAAGCUAGAUUAGAUAAUUAAUUUCUACUGUAUUGUCCACUUUCACUACUGUUUCUUAAUUUCCUUUUUCUUUCUUCUAUGUGAGUGUGUGUUUUUCAUGUACAGAAUUAAUGUAAGUUCUUUCACUAAAUUCCAUCAAUAAGUAAUGUCGUUAGAUUAUUUAUUGAAAUUAA